UUCCUAGCUUUCUGUAACUUGAUGAUUUAUAAUAGCAUAUAGCUCUGAUACUUAUGAGGCCAGUAUGUCUGUCCCAGAGAUACAAUUAUCGUCUUGUGCAUCAGACUCGAUCGCAGAAGUAUUAAGUCUCUCAUCUUCAUUCAAUAUUCCUGAUUACCAAGCCAAGUCUACGCCCACACCACUUCAGCAACAUGUCUCUCAAGCCGAUCACUCUCUGGGGCCACGACAGCGGCUCUAACGCCUGGAAGGUGGCCAUGGUUCUCGAGGAGCUUAGCGUCCCUUACACUGUCAAAAUUAUCGAUUUCCCAGACAUGAAGAAGGAAGCGUACGAGUCAAUCAACCCCAAUGGCCGUGUGCCUUCAAUUGAGGACCCGAAUACGGGCAUCACGCUGUGGGAGUCGGGUGCCAUUAUUGAAUACUUGGUCGAAACUUACGACAAGCAAAACAACUUUAACUUUGCUUCAGGCUCGAAAGAGUACUACGAAGCCAAGCAGUGGCUAUACUACCAGGUAUCUGGCCAGGGCCCCUACUUCGGACAGGCUGUGUGGUUUACCCUGUACCACCCCGAGAAGCUCCCUAGUGUUGUCGACCGCUACGUUAAUGAGAUUCGUCGCGUCUCCGGCGUCCUCAACGGCGUACUGCAGGGCAGGGAGUUCCUCGUAGGCGGCAAGUACAGCUACGCCGAUGCUUCUUUCGUGAUGUGGUAUGCCAUCGCGCCCCUUUUCGCGGACAGGAUCAACCUCGCGACGGACUUCCCCGCCCUCAACGCCUGGUUGGAGCGCAUCAAGGCCCGCCCGGCAAUUUCAAAGAUUAUUAAGGACCGAGAAGCGGCUAUGGCGGCGUCCAAAUAAAGGCUUGUUGGGGGUUCGGGGUCAAGAGAAUUUGUCUACAUAUAGCACUUGAGUAAUAACCAGGUCUUAAAAGACGGUAGUAAGAGUUUCAUUAGCUACAUCUAUUCUACCAUAACGUUCAUUAGCAACAAAUUGGACCGCUUAGUCGCUGUCUAAAACAAUAACCUCUGCCUCCACCUCUCUAAUGCUCUUAAAGCCAAGCACAUCGCCGGCCUGUACACCAGUUACAAACGCACCGUCUCCCUCCUCUAGAACAGGGUCUUCUCGGCCGUCCCACCUGAUCUUGGACUUCCCAUCAUUUGUCAUCGGGAGGUGGAUAUACACCUUCCUGUCGAUCUUGCUCUUCACAACAGCCUUUGCAUCCGUUUCACCGCCGAAACUCCAGUUUAAUUUCUUCCUAGCGCUAACAAUGCCUGCUGCCAUAAUGAAAUCGGCGUGGAUUGGAAUCGUCCCU